AUGAAUUUGCUUCGUUAUUAUCAGUUAAAAUAUGCAAAAUUCAAAGCUGUUACUGAGAAGUUUCCUUCUGGGAUGCUGCAUCACCUCCAAGAAGAAGAAACCAGCUUUUUAGCCGCCCAGAGGGGUGGUUUUUGCGCGUAUGCAGUACUAGAGCAGUUCUCUGAUGAUGAGUACGAGGGUGGUUAUGGUGGUUAUCGAUCUGUUGGGUAUAAUCCCAUCCGUGGCCGCCAACCUGUGCGCAGCACCUUCCAAAAUCUUCAAUCCACUUUUCAGCCGAAAACAGAAUGGAAGGAAGAUGAUGCAGCUCUAUAUCUUGAUGAUGCAGGUUUCGCGAAUGAGCAAGUAAGGAUCGUGGCAGACGAAUCCAUAAGUUAUGUCAGAGUUUAUGGAGAACGUAUGCUCGGAAGUAACAUUCGCAGUCGGUUUAAUACAGGUUACAACAUUCCCAAAAACUGUGACCUGAGUCGAAUGCAAUCGGAGCUUGCUGGUGGGAUUCUAACCAUCAGGAUUCCAAAAAUCAUUCCUGCUGUACAAAAAACUGGUCCUAGAGAAUUAGAGGCCACAACUAGCCAAGAGAGUCCUAGGGCUGAUCAAGACACUACUACUACAGGACAGCUAAAGCCUGAGAAGAAAGUAGAAGAAGAGACUCCUCCAGGGAAAGAAACAGAAGCUCUAAGCCCUCAAAAGGCCACCAGCAAAUCGAUAUCUCAAAAGGGUCAAGAUGGAUCUCCUCAAAAAACUAAUGUAUUCGAUAAUACCACAAAACAAAUGGAUGAGAAGACUGCAGGACUAGAUGGUGAAAAGGUUGAUCAAAAUGUCACCGAAAAGAAAGAAAAGAAUGAAGCAUAUGGGAAGCCUAUUGAAGAGGAAAAGCCCGAGAAAGUUGUUGAAAAGGAAAAGGAUGAGAAAUUUGAGGAAUCAAAGAUAGCUGAAAGUGUUGUCCUAAAGAAGAAGGAAGAGGAGGAAAAGAAUGAGGCAGUAGCCGGUGGCGAUAAAGACAAGUCUGACAAGGAUAUUUCCCAGGAAUCUAAGGAUAUGGAACAUGCAAGUGCUUCUGCUAACGAGUCUGACAAAGACGUGGGCAUGGUGGAUGACAAUUAUGGAUUGUUAAAAUAUGCAAAAUUCAAAGCUUAUACUGAGAAGUUUCCUUCUGGGAUGCAGCAUCAACGCCAAGAAGAAAGGCGUGGUUUUUGCGGGUAUGCAGUAGAGCAGUUCUCUGAUGAUGAGUACGAGUGUGAUUUUGAAAGCCACAAGGCUUCUUCGUCGGUGGCCAAUGUUGAUGAAUGGAAAUGGAAGCUCAGUUUGCUAUUGCGUAGUGAAACGGACCAAGAGAUUGUUUCUAGAGAUAAAAUAGACAGAAGGGACUAUGAGCAGAUUUCGAAUCUUGCUAGAAGAAUGGGACUUUAUAGUGAACUCUAUGGAAAAGUGGUGGUUGCAAGCAAGGUUCCUCUACCGAACUACAGGCCUGAUUUGGAUGAUAAGAGGCCACAAAGGGAGGUGGUUAUCCCACUAAGUUUGCAAAGAAGGGUUGAGGGUUUACUUCAGGAGCAUCUUGAUAGAACUCAAUUAAAGGCUGGAAAAGUUGGUGACAAUGUAGAUGAUGCCAAGUCCAUCGAUCAGGUUGAAGAUAUAAGUUUAGAUGAGAAUCCAGAUUCUUUCCUAGACCGAUCUGUGAUGGAAAGGGCAUCACCUGAGGGCAGAAAAAUGAUGGACUUCCGGAAAUCUCUACCGGUUUUCAAGGAAAAGGAGAGGUUACUCCAAGCAAUAGCAAGGAAUCAGGUCAUAGUAAUAUCUGGAGAGACUGGAUGUGGUAAAACCACUCAACUUCCUCAGUAUGUACUGGAGUCAGAAAUAGAAUCUGGGCGUGGAGCAUUCUGUAGCAUAAUUUGCACUCAGCCUCGAAGAAUAUCUGCUAUGGCUGUUUCAGAUAGAGUGUCUGCAGAGAGAGGAGAGCCUCUUGGUGAAGCAGUUGGUUAUAAAGUUCGACUAGAGGGUGUGAAAGGAAAAAACACCCAUCUGCUAUUUUGUACAAGUGGAAUUUUACUUCGACGCCUCUUAAGUGACCGAAACUUGAAUGGCAUAACCCAUGUUUUUGUUGAUGAAAUUCAUGAGCGAGGCAUGAAUGAAGACUUCCUGUUGAUUGUGCUCAAGGAUCUUCUUCCACGUCGUCAGGACUUGAGAUUGAUUUUAAUGAGUGCCACUUUGAAUGCGGAACUCUUUUCCAAUUAUUUUGGAGGAGCACCAACUAUUCAUAUUCCGGGCUUUGCAUAUCCAGUGAGGGCACAAUUUUUAGAAGAUGUACUGGAAAUGACCGGAUAUAAGUUGACUUCUUUUAAUCAAAUUGAUGAUUAUGGCCAUGAGAAAAUGUGGAAAACACAGAAGCAACUGGCACCACGGAAAAGGAAAAACCAGAUCACUACUCUUGUUGAGGAUGCUCUUAAUAAAUCAAGUUUCGAGAAUUAUAGUUCCAGAGCACGAGACUCUCUGGCAUGCUGGAUGCCUGAUUGCAUAGGAUUUAACCUUAUUGAAGCAGUUUUGUGCCAUAUAUGUCGGAAGGAAAGACCAGGUGCUGUCUUGGUAUUCAUGACUGGUUGGGAGGAUAUUAGCUCUUUGAGGGAUCAAGUUAAAGCUCAUCCUCUUCUGGGUGAUCCUAACAGAGUUAUGCUUGUAACUUGCCAUGGUUCUAUGGCAACCUCUGAACAGAAACUGAUAUUUGAGAAACCUCAUCCUAAUAUACGUAAAAUAGUUCUUGCAACAAAUAUGGCAGAGGCAAGUAUUACAAUCAAUGAUAUAGUUUUUGUCGUUGAUUGUGGGAAGGCAAAAGAGACCACUUAUGAUGCUUUAAACAAUACACCUUGUCUGCUUCCUUCUUGGAUAUCAAAAGCAUCUGCACGACAAAGAAAGGGUAGGGCUGGCCGAGUGCAGCCAGGGGAAUGUUAUCAUCUAUACCCAAGAAGUGUAUAUGAAGCUUUUUCCGAAUAUCAACUUCCUGAACUUUUGCGGACUCCCCUGAACUCUCUUUGCUUGCAAAUAAAGAGUUUGCAGGUUGGAAGCAUAGGGGAAUUCUUGUCAGCUGCUCUCCAGCCACCAAAACCAUUGGCUGUCCAAAAUGCCAUUGAUUUUCUGAAGAUGAUUGGAGCAUUAGACGAGAAGGAGAAUCUGACAAAUCUUGGGAAGUACUUGACAAUGCUUCCUGUAGAUCCCAAGCUGGGCAAAAUGUUAAUAAUGGGUGCUAUCUUUCGGUGCUUUGAUCCUGUAUUAACAAUAGUGUCUGGGCUCAGUGUCAGGGAUCCUUUUCUUCUGCCACAGGACAAAAAGGAUUUAGCUGGGACAGCAAAGUCUAGAUUUUCUGCUAAGGACUACAGUGAUCACAUGGCUCUUGUACGUGCAUAUGAAGGAUGGAAAGAAGCUGAAAGAGAAGGUUCGGCCUAUGAGUAUUGCUGGAGAAAUUUCCUAUCUGCACAAACCUUGCAGGCCAUUAAUUCUCUGAGGAAGCAGUUUAACUUCAUUUUAAAAGAUGCCGGCUUAAUAGAAGAAGAGGCAAGCAGAAACAACAAAUUAAGUCACAACCAAUCAUUGGUUCGUGCAAUUAUAUGCUCUGGCCUCUAUCCCGGAAUUGCAUCAGUAGUGCACAGAGAAACAUCCAUGUCUUUCAAAACAAUGGAUGAUGGCCAAGUUUUUCUAUAUUAUAAUUCUGUCAAUGCACGCCAUGAGACAAUUCCCUAUCCAUGGCUGGUCUUUGGUGAAAAAGUAAAGGUCAACUCGGUUUUUAUACGUGAUUCCACUGGUGUAUCUGAUUCAAUACUGAUCCUUUUUGGUGGAGCCCUUGCUUUUGGGGUACAGGCUGGGCAUCUGAAAAUGUUGGACGGAUAUAUUGAUUUCUUCAUGGAUCAUAAUUUGGCUGAGUGCUUUUUGAAGCUUAAAGAAGAACUUGAUAAGCUUCUUGAGAAGAAGCUUCAGGAUCCUAACCUUGACAUACUCAAGGAAGGAAAAUACCUCAUGCUUGCUGUUCAAGAGCUGGUAUCAGGAGAUCAAUGUGAAGGAAGAUUUGUGUUUGGUCGUGAAAGCAGGAAGCCCAGGGUAACUAAUGAUAACGACAGAUUUACAAAAGAUGGAGCAAAUCCAAAAAGUUUGCUCCAAACUCUACUGAUGAGAGCUGGACACUCCCCUCCAAAAUACAAGACGAAGCACCUUAAAACGAAUGAGUUUAGGGCACUGGUUGAAUUCAAGGGAAUGCAGUUUGUGGGGAAACCCAAGAAAAACAAGCAACUAGCAGAGAGGGAUGCUGCUAUUGAGGCACUGGCCUGGUUAACUCACACCUCUGACAACAAUCAAAAUGAGCACGAUAACUCCCAACCUGAUGUCACUGACAACAUGCUGAAACUUCUUGGAAAACGUCGUAGAUCAAAGCGUCGCUCUGGUUGA